UACCCGUCAGCCUUACAACACCACAGGUAUUACACACUUAAGACGACGAGAUGCAGCGUCUUUUCACUUGGGUACAUGACAUUCUUCAGGGUUGACUUCGUAUUUAUAUGUCAAUAACAUGGACCCGAUCUCACUGCAAUUCCCUCGACCUCACUUGACCUCACUUCAGUCCACGCCCUCCUUGUCAAACCAAAUAGCCAUUGGCUUGUGGCCCACAGAAUGGGAAAUCCCAUCACUGCCUACCUCUUUAUUCUCGCUAUCCUCACGGUUUUCACCAAUGCCGACUCUAUCGACCCAAACAGCGCCUUGGCUGCGUUUGGGCUUCGCGUCAAGAUAGACGGCAAGAAGACCAUUGCACCCCACGUCUUCUAUCAGAGCACGGAUCAAACUGUCCGUGAGGUGUAUUGGCACACCAGCAAAACAUGGAGGCAAGGCAGCUUCGAGUCCGAGUCUUGCUUCAAGCCACGUUCAAACACCCCGCUGGCUGUAGCCUCCUUGCCUGCGGACGAUGAUGCCCAAGUAGUGGCAGUCAUGUACAUCGACGACAGCAACAACCUUCGAACGAGGGUAUGGACCAGUGAUGCCAAUGAUGUUAAACGAUGGUUUGGUUCCCGCGUUCUCAUCACCGAUGUGCAUCCCAAAGCGGGUGGAAUUGUUGCGUGGGUCAUUGAUCGGGGCAACUUCCUCGUGACAGUUCAGAAGAGCAAUGGAAACUUUGAGGAAUGCAGGUUCAACCCUGGAGGCACUGGAGGUUGCACAUACCGGUCGGAUGGAGCCACACCUGAUCCCCGCCCUGCUCCUGGAACCGGGUUGGCGGGCUUCUAUGAGAGCGAUGCCUACACGACCCAUCUCUACUACCAGGUGGACAGACCCGGCAACCCCAUCAUGGAGAGGUUGUUGAACACGCGAGACAGCACAAAAGCAUUCGGACUUCAUAGGAAGGCCGCCGCCGUUGGCGUGAGAAUGGCAGCAUGCCAAGCCAUCUUUCGAGGCAGAAGGGGCGGACCAGUCUUCCCGCACUUCUUCUUGCUCAAUUCACAGAUCUGGAACCAGGUCACUUGGAGCCGCUGGGAUGGCUGGAACGGGGGGCAGGGUCAGACGUGUGGUGGAUGGUGCGCGCCAACGUCGAUUGCGAGAACCCUGAGUUACGGCUCCGGAAUCGCGUGUGCCACAGCCGGCUAUCACCCCAGUGACGCCAUGGAUGACAUGAGGGUAUAUUUCAUUGAUGAGUUUGGCAAACUCAGUGAGCUGAUGGGAACUGGGGAUGAUACAGUGACGGGAUGGGGGGUAAGUUCGCGGGACAUUCUCUCCCAGGUGAGGGUAUGAGUGCCCGGAGGGGUAGCCUCUGUCCCUACGACCCUUGUACUGGGCCGAAUGGCUCAGGU